AUGUCCGGCGACGGCACGAUGACCUAUGGAGGGUAUGGUGGAUACGGUCCAAUGGGUGGCAUGGGAUCAUCCUACGGAUCACCGUACGGUCUAGGCGGAUACCCAGGAAUGACUGGAAUGGGAGGAGGUUACGGUAUGGGCAUGCCAGGAGCAGGAGGAAUGGGCAUAGGGAGCGGUUAUGGAUCGCCAUUCUCUUCUGGUAGCAUGUAUGGGAGUGGAAUGAGUGGAAUGAACGGAUUAGGUGGAUCAGCUCUCGGUGUGGGUUUAGGGACUAGUCUGUUUUUCAAGAAAUAA